AGCCUCUAUCAUGAAUUAGCAGCAGCCUCUAAAUAACACGAUUUCCCUUCACACAUACCGUUCUCCUAGUACCAUGUAGCUGCAGAUGUCCAAACUUUCUACAUAAACAGUAUUGUUUCCCAUUAUUAAACUGUCAAAGUGAACUCGAAUCCCGAGUAAAUGAAACAAGGGAUAGACCGUUCUUACAAAAACGACCGAUCUCAAUUCAACUACGAUAAAACGGACACUGGUCCCCGAUUUGAGCGGAUAAAUCAGGAGAAAGAGGCUCCACUAGGAGACAACAACAUGCACCCUGGUACAAGAACCCGUAAAACCAGCCGGGAAAGUGGUGGUAAACUGUUCACUAUCACUGACAAGGCUCGGAUCGUGGCGGCUUCUAAGGAACGGAUUGUGGCGGCUUCUAAGGAACGGAGGAUAAGUUUGAAGGACUCGAGGAACCUAGCUCGGGUUGCUAUUGACAAUGCAUAUUUUGAUACUUACAAACCGAGGCAAGUAAAGAGUACGGUAGCUCAGCUGGUAGAUUUGGAGGAGGACAUGGCUAAAGAUGAUUUCGACUACAGUGUAUUCGUCAAAAGAGAGGAUCCUGCCCAUUGGAAAGUAUACAAGAACGAGUUGAAGGAAGACCUCGAUAAGCUGGAAGGUUUCUUGAGAUUAAAAGCGGAGCCUGUGGCGCUAUGGAACGAGAGGCAGGCAAGAGAAAAGCAGGCCAGAUCACCAAAAUGUGAUGAAAGCGGUUUGGUUGGAGUAUGGCAAGUUAUGCAAUCUCUGGGUGUUACCCCCAAGCUGACUAUGGACGAUGCCCUGAACAUGUCUUUCUUCCGUAAGAAGGACGACACUUCACCCCUACCUGAGUACCUUAUAUCCUGCUCAAGACAUGGGAUGUCGCACCAUGACAUUCUUAAAGCGAUGGAAACCCUCAGCAACGGCAGAAUAGGGGGACGCUUCUUCGAGUUCUACCCUCAGAGAAGGGUGGAUAUAAGAUACUGGCUGGCGGGUUGGAUAAAAAGAGGCGUGGUCCCUUUAGCUACACUCAACUAUCAGAAGUCAGUAAGAAGUGUGACGGAGGAAGAAAAAAGUUACCUCCCUAAAGAUUGGCAUCACCACAUGAUAUACGCAGUUAGUUAUGAUGGAGUCCACCUUUCUAACCCAAUUUCUAAGAUGAAAGCCGAACACUUCAAACAGCGUAUAGAGAGCGAAUCAGUUAUAAUGAUCUCACGUGAUGAGGUGUUGGGGAGGUUAAAAGGUGAUAUGGACUACGAACAGUUGAAGAGUUACCCUGAGUGGAGACAAAUGAAUGUAGCCGGCCAGAUAGAGGUAAUUGAAAGAGAAGAGGAACGUUUCCACAGCCUGAACAUUCCUUGUGGUAUGAAACACAUUGCAAUACCCUCAUCCAUGAUCGGGGGAAUAACACUAUUUUCACACAAGGACAGUGAAAACCACAAAGCCAUCAUGUCGAGCGAAGAAGUUUUUCUUAAGAUUUGACUUAAAAAAAACUUCGUUGUGUUUGAAAUGAAAGAGUGUUUCCUAGUGGAAUUAUAGAAUCAGAUAGAAAUUGCCACGGGAGAAAUUGAUAGGACGACGACUGAAGAAUAUAAAUGAUGAAUGAAAUGAUUUAUGAAGAAGUAUGCAGAACGAACGUUAAAUGAAUUUUUAAGAAAAUUACUAUCACGACCUAUUCGACCGUGAAAGAAGUAAAAACCAAAAGAAAAAUUGAUAAUGUGAGCGAUCUGAAGACCCGCGGGAUGAUGAUUACUUUUCCCACCAUUACCCUUUCAUUUUGUUUGUCUCGCAGUUAUUUUAUUUAUAAGACACUUA